AUGUCGGAUUCUGCAAAGGUGAUUCCCUGCGAUGAUCCGACAUCUCGUCCGACACGGAUGUUCAAAUGGGCUUCGAAAAGGUGCGAGAAGGGUAACUACCAGCCUUCCAGCACGUAUACUCUUGCGGUCAGUCCCGAUCGACUCGUUUCCAUCCUCACAUGUCUGCUAAUCAAUCCCUAUCCCCCUUCAGUCGGCGGCGAAUACGUUUCCACUCCCCUUACGGAAAUCACAACGGAACAACUACAUUACAACUUCAACAUUGCCUUUGAGGCGAAUUUCUUCGCCUACCGCGCCACCAUUCCCUAUCUCCUCGCUCAGAAGCAUAAUACUAGCACGUGGACGCUCUGCACUGGCGCGCAGGGCGAAACCGCUUUCUUUCCUGUACCAGGCAUGACGCAAGGCGCCCUGUUUACCAUGGGCACGGCCGCAGCCCGCGAAAACGAGAAGACGAAUGUACGGUUCAACGAAGGGUAUCUUUGCUUUCGGGUCGAGGUAGAUGAGCAGGCGGAGAACCAUGGGGUUUCGAGCGCAUCGGAGUUUGCAAAGGUGUACGAGAAUCUUUUGGGCGAUGAGGGGGUGAUGGGGGCGAGGGUUACGGUGCGGGAGGUGGGUGAUAUUGGAAGGUUAGUGUGGCAGUGGAAGUUUUGA